CUGUCCGUAAAGACGUAGACGGGUGUAAUGUAUCCUUAAAGGACCUGCGAGAAAAAAAGGAAAAGGGCGUUUUGACUGGAUCCAACCAGGAUAGACCCAAUAUAUGCGCAGAUAGUGCGUAAAUAACCACAGACUCAAGAGAUACAUUUACAAGACAAGUUUAGAAGCCCUCCAGGUUUUGGAUCAGUUUGGUCGCUCAUGCGUGCAAUUGAUUAGGAGUUUAUUUAAUUAAGCGGUAAUUUACUUCCUUCCCUCACGCACGCAGAGGAAACUUAACAUUUGUGCAUCCGAGGAAGACAUGGCCAAGUUAUUCCGUGCUGCUAUCAUGGGCCCACCAGGAUCAGGGAAAGGAACGAUAUCCAAAAGGAUUGCGCAAAGCUUUGGCCUGCAAUAUCUGUCCAGUGGCCACUACCUACGAGAGAGUAUAGCGGCAAAUACAGAGGCCGGUGUGCUGGUGAGGACCUAUGUAGAUAGAAGCAUGCUGGUGCCUGACCAUGUGAUGACCAAACUGAUGCUGCCCAGACUGGAAAAUAUGAUCGGCCACAGCUGGCUGCUGGACGGUUUCCCCCGGACUCUGUCGCAGGCCCAAGCCCUGAACAAUUUGUGCCAGCUGGACCUGGUCAUCAGCCUCAACAUCCCCUACGAGACUCUGAGGGAGAGACUGAGCGACCGCUUGAUCCAUCCAGCCAGUGGCCGAGUCUACAACAUGGGCUUCAACAAACCACAAGUGCAGGGUAAGGAUGACAUUACUGGGGAGCCACUGGUGCAGCACGAUGAUGACAAACCAGAAGCAUUGAUGACCAGACUGAGACACUACAAAGAUGUGGCCAAGCCUGUCAUAGACUUAUACAAGUCACAGGGAAUCCUGCCACUCAUUUUCCGGUACAGAGACUGACCGGAUUUGGCCUUACAUAAACUCCCUCCUCAGCACCAAGAUGCACACGCAGCCGUCACCUGCCUUCCAAACCCAGACACCCUGACACUACUCUGAAUGAAAAGACCACGAGAGGAAGUGCGGUGAUGUUUUCCACAUGCUGGCCUCAGCUUUCCGCUUUCAGCUUCUUUCCUAGUGAGGUUUAGAGAGACUGAUAAGGACACUGAUCAAAACUGUAGUCAUCCAACAUGUUUGGGAUUCAAACACCGGUAGAUUUUUUUAGAUAAUUAGUUAACGCAAAUAUUUCUAGAGCUUUUAUUGAUUUUUUUAUGUGAUUUUCUUCUUUAUCAUAAUGAAACGUUAAGAUAUUUCAAGGCAAUAUCAAAACUGAUCAUUUGUGUAAAUCUUAUUUUUUCUCAAGCACUCACCAACAAGCAACACUUUUGUCUUUUUAUCUGCAAUUGUUCCAAUUCUUACACAUUGAAUUUAAACCAGAGUAUAUUAUGGGAAGCUGUGGUAAAAAGAAAAAGGACACAGUCUAAAUAUGUGAUAGAGAACUCUAAAAAACAAUUCUGAAAAUAAUACAUUAAUAAAAAGCAAAUGUAUUGGAAUAUUACUUAAAAUAGUCAGUUGUUUUUACAGAUUUGAUUGAUUACACAAUGAAUUACAUUUUUUAUAAUCAGGCAAACAAUAUCACGUCACCUCUAUGAAUAUACUCUAUAUCAUUUUGGAAUGAAACUCUUCAAUCACCCUUCAAUAUGCAAGUAACUUGGAGUUGUAGCAUUCAUUGAGCUGAAUACACAUCACAAAAUCAUUUAGAAUAAAAUCUCACCACAGUCUUAACUGACUCACUGAUCAAUAUGAGGCAUUGUGUCAUAUCAAAAGCCAAAAUCAAUCUUAGACACACAUUAUUUGGAUCAAUCUUUGCUAAAAAGGUUGAGUGUGUGUGUGUGUGUGUGUGUGUGUGUGUGUGUCUAAUAAGCUGUAUAUGGCUACAAAUCAGCUGUUAGAUAAGCAACGAUCCUGCAGAGCCAGUUUUUAAUUGUUUGGCUUGCUCCGUUUAGUGUUUCUAGAAAUAUCCAUCAAUUAUGUGAACAAUGUGCACUGUAUGAACUGCUAUUCUUUACUUUUGUACUGAAAUGAAUAUUAUGCAAUCUGCGAUCGAUAACAUGCAGGACAAUCUACUGGGCUGGUGUUGGACUUGUACAGGAUUCAAGAAGCCCUCACAGUCACUCUACAGUACACUCUGUGGCUGGGAUGAAGACCAAUGCCCAGAACUUAAGAGUGCCUUCGAUGUUGUUACACUUCUUUAAAUAUAUAUGGUUGCCUUGAGAUUUUAAUCAUAGAAAUGUCAGAUUAUUGUUUAUAAAAUGUAAUGUUUUGCAGUGUUGUUCAACUUUAAGAUACUGCUGGGGAAAGUUUAAGGUCACUUUGAAGAUUCAAAAGCAUGCCAAGGUCAUAUAUGUAAAGGUCUUUCAGAUUGUUUGUUUGAUCGUAUAAAUCACUGUUGCAGGUCAUACAACUUAGAAAAUGUUGACUUUGUAGAUUUUGAUUUUAGUUUUUUAGUGUUUUAGUGAUAUGUAAAGUCUUAUCACCCUACAGAAUAGCUUCUGGUGCACCAUAUGAAGUUGAAAAAUGACAUAUUUUCACCUAAUCGCCUAAUGUGAGUUUGCCUUUUACUUAAGCACACGAGUGCAAUAAAGAAAUUGCAACUAGGUUUUAAUUGUAUCUUCCAGCUAUGUUAAUGCUGGUUCUGCUGUUUUCAAACUUAAUAGUGAAAUGUUAUCACCUGAAUUCAUUAUGAAGCCACAAAUUAGCAAUGCAGCAACCCAUCACUUGCAAAGAUACUUUUUCUUUUAACAUUUAUUUUGAGGUGAAAACUGCCUUUUUUCAAAGUUUUUGUUUAGUGGCAUUUUUUGUUUUCCUUAUGCAGGGUCUAAAAAUAGUUUGUAUGUAAAUUGAAAGCCUUUGAGGUGGCAGACCAAAGAUCCUAAAAAGAAAUGCUCUGACACUUUGACACUUUGGUUUCAUGUUGGGGAGCACAAUAUGCCAGUCAGUGUUGUUGAAUGUAAGGGUGUGGUGUAAAAAGUUUAAUGUACCCGACCACACCCACUGCUCUUGUGUAACACCAGGAUUGUGGGCUUUUUUUCCUCCCUAUUUUCAAACCAUGCUGUCCAAACAUGUUACAUUCUGAAAACAAUAAAACUAUUUUCUCAAAGCUGCAGGCUAUAGUAGAGUAUGUAGAGCCUACUUAAUCUUGUACUAGCUUCUUGUAUGCAACACAAUGUAUCUACUGUAAUUUAGUGCAUCUUAUUUUGAAGCAGACAAUAAGAUAAUUCAUACUAAUUUAUUUAGGUGUUAACAGAUUUCUUGUUAGAUUCAUUUCUCAGUCUAAAUAUACUGUACGCAACAGGGCAGUGUAACCACACACUUGAACUUUAGGCAUUAUAAAGCUUGUUUUUUCUCGGA